AUGGACAACAUGAACUCGUUUGUGGAGUACUCCAUCUGUAACCGGCCUAGAACCGGCGCGUAUCCUGCGCCGAAGCCUGCUUACCACCACCAUCACGUGCACCUCGCUCUGGACCAGCACCAUGCCCUGUCGGUGACCUCCAGCUCACUUCCCGCGGGCCUCCCCGGCUCCUCUGUCGCGGGACCCGGGGGUGACAGCGGGUACAGCGCAGAUGGAGGGGUGUACGGGAACACCAGAGCGGACAUUGGAGCGACGCACGAGUCCAGAGGAGGGAGUCAGUAUAAUCAGCAUCAGUCCAAUCGUUUUGAGCAGCACCAGUACGCACCCAGUGGCUUCCAACCUCAUUCCAACCUCCAGCAGAACCAAAGCUUACAAAGUGGAUUGUUGUCUUCUUACUCUAAUGGGGGUGGGGGCAGCGCAGGGGACUAUGUGGGUCAUGCCUGCGCUACGAGCUCCGAGUACAUCUCCGUGAUGGGCCCCUCAAACUCCAUCCAGCCGCAGUAUUUCAUGGAGGAGGCCGCGGCUUCCUCUUACUAUCACCAGCCGUCCUUCCACAGCUCGGCCCCAGCGGUGGGGGCCAGCUAUAACGCGCUCCCCGAGGCCUACUGCGGGCCCCAGGGCGCGCUCAGCACCUCACAGUUCUCACAUCAGAUCGGCGGGGGUCCGGACGCAGGGGGCUACCAAGGGCUUCAUGCGGGAGGAUAUGUAGAACUGUCUGUGUCCCAGGAGCGAGAGAGGGGGGGUGAGGAUGGUUUGCAAACCGGACAGGGGCAGACCUUCGACUGGAUGAAGGUGAAGAGGAAUCCUCCAAAGACAGUGAAAAUAGCAGACUUUGGCCUGUCUGGCAACAACAGCAACGUGAUCCGCACCAACUUCAGUACGCGGCAGCUGACCGAGCUGGAGAAGGAGUUCCACUUCAGCAAGUAUCUGACGCGCGCGCGGCGCGUGGAGAUCGCGGCGACGCUCGAGCUCAAUGAGACGCAGGUGAAGAUCUGGUUCCAGAACAGACGCAUGAAGCAGAAGAAGCGCGAGCGGGAGGGCGCGUGCACCACAACGCGCUCCUCGGCCUCUGAGACUGGCGGCUGCUUCGUGAAGGAGCUGGAGGACACGGACCACUCGUCCGUGUCCACGUCUCCAGGCGCGUCCCCGAGCUCAGAGACGUAA